AUGGCAUUGCCUUCGAUGACAACGCGGCGAUCAAGCGUUGGAGUGGCUGCGAUGAAUGGAAUUGUUUAUGCUGUAGGAGGUUAUGAUGGCCAAUCUAGGCAGUGCUUGAAUACGGUUGAACUAUACGAUUCUCGCGCGAAUCGCUGGAGAUCGGGUGAACCGCUUCUCGAAGUGCGAUCUGGCGCAGGAGUAGCUAUUUAUCGCGAUCGUGUCAUCACAGUCGGAGGCCAUGAUGGACCAUUAGUCCGCAGCUCAGUCGAGAUGCUGGGCGAUGACGGCUGGAUGCUCUUGCCGGAGAUGUCAGUUUGUAGAAGAAAUGCGGCCAUUGUUGUUGCAAACGCUAACUUCUAG